CCGGAUCUGGCAGCCGGGAGCAGCAACACAGCCGCCACCUUCGUGCCCAACCUCAACGCCAUCACCACCAGCCACAGCCUGCAGUGGAUGGUGCAGCCUUCCCUGAUGGGCGCCUCUUCGGGACUUCCUCCUUUCCCGCGGCCUUAUCGCUGCCCGCACUACGCAGCCGGCAUCCGUCCUGGCGUGAUUCGCACCAUGGGCCCGGGCUCAGUGCCUCGGAGGCGUCACUCGGAGCACCUUAGCCCGGAGGAGGAAGAGCGACGGCGUUUGCGGAGGGAACGGAACAAGCUGGCGGCCGCCAAAUGCCGCAACCGGCGCAAAGAGCUGACCGACACGUUGCAAGCGGAAACGGAUCAAUUGGAAACCGAGCAUAGCCUUAAAACAAACUUUCCCCUCUUCGGUUUUUCCCCAGUGGACGAUGCCGUCUCUCUCCGCCUGCGCUCUGGCAUCCUGGAGCAGACCGGAGCCACGGUUGACGUCCUCCAGAGUGACACCAUGGACCAUUACCGCACUUUCUACAUGCUGGAGCGUCUCCUCCAUUCGCCCCCCAAGUUGCUGAACCAGCUGCUUUUCCAGAUCCCGCCUUGCCGACAGACCAUGCUGAUUGAGAGGUACUACGCCUUCAAUGACGCCUUUGUCCGUGAGGUCCUGGGUAAAAAACUAUCAAAAGGAACCAAGAAAGAUCUGGAUGAUAUCAGUGCCAAAACUGGGGUGACCCUGAAAAGCUGCCGCCGACAGUUUGACAAUUUCAAGCGUGUUUUCAAGGCCGUGGAGGAACUGCGCGGAUCUUUAGUUGAAAAUAUUCAACAGCACUUCUUGCUUUCCGAUCGCUUAGCCGGGUACGAAAAUAAGCAUGCUAAGCCAUUCCCUGCUUAUACAAACGUAGACGACAUGGACGUCGACUUGGAUAAAGAAUUUUUACAGGGCCUGAAAGAGUUAAAGGUUCUGAUUGCAGACAAAGAUCUGCUGGAUCUGCACAAGAGCCUGGUCUGCACUGCACUGCGGGGGAAGAUCUCCGUCUUCAGUGAGAUGGAAGCCAAUUUUAAGGUGGGUCCAGCUGGAGCCCAGGUCCAGAGUGUGAAUCCUGACACACCUCCCUGUGCUCCCACAAUCUCCUUGUUAAU